UUUCCUCAGACAUUGAACAUAUCCUGCUGUCAAGGAUGCAGCCUGUGGGUGUGUGCGUGAAAGUCACUGAUAUGACCGACUGCCAGACACUUCCUCUCUCAACAUGCCUGCAGCGAUGUACCUCACUCUCCUGCUUACCCUUGUCACGGUGACGAUCUGCAGUGAAACCACAGCUGUCCCUGAAACUGCAGGAGGUGAAUUGACAACCACAACUGCUUCACAUGCAACUCUCAACUUUACAACAUCAUCCAGUGCAGUAACCACCGCUGUCACACCCCAGAAUCAAACAGCUACACAGAAUACCACUGAAGCUUCUUUAACUUCACCACAGACACCCACAGCAGAGAAAACCAGUCCAAGUAGCCCUCCUCUGAACACAACGACCAGCCAAACAUCCAAUGAGACUGUAACCGAGGAGCAGGAAGUCCCAUCAACGACUCUAAAUGUUACAGCUGGUACCUCGACAAACACAACCACUUCAGCUCUUUCAGACAACAAGGACAAUUACAACUGGGCAGCAAAUCCUGGCCUUGUGGCCGUCAUCUGCAUCUUUUGCAUGGUCUUUGGCCUCUUGCUGGUGGUUAUAAUGGUGAAAUGUGUCAGAUCAUCGAGGCCCAGCUUUGAGAGGUUGGAAGAUUUGCCCUUGGGCAAAGUGAAUGAAGCUUCUCCCUUUGCUCAGUACUCAAAAUGACAUUACACUGGACAACAAAGGGACAGAAGAGCUCUGUCUGCAGUUCGAUUCUGAUGUUUCUGGGCUGUAAAACAAGAUUACUACUGUCUACACCACACAGAAGGGCCUCCAAGUUUAAACAUGUAAUUGUAGAUUGCACUUUUAUCAAUGCUAAUGAAACACUCCUGGAUCAACUCUGAUCUGAUUACUUGGCUGCUGGUAAUUCGAUUGCUUUAUGGUGACUCUUAAUCAAAUAAAACAUGACCUUUUCUCCCGUUCUUUCUUUUGAGAUGAGAAUUGGUGUGAUUGUAAAAAAAAAGUUAAAUGUUUUAUGUUGUCUAAAUGCACAAAAGCCUUUGGGAAUAAUAACUGAAGUUAUGCACAUGUCAGUUUAACACUUUGAAUGUUUGUAAAGCUUAUAUUACCCUGAUUCUCACAAAGGUGUUUUUCAUUUUGCUUCAUUACAACCAAAAACUUUAUUGUAUUUUAUAAGGAUAAUUCCCUGAUAGAUCAAGUAGCAAGACCGAUCAUUUGAAGUGCCAAAACUGAUGCAUUGUUUUAACUUUUUUUUUUUUACAAUUGAAAAUCUAAAGAAAGUAUAAAUGUCUAAAGUAUAACCAUGAUAUCUGAUGGUUUUCUUUAAGCCCCAUAUUUUGCUCCAUCCUUGGUCUUAGAUAAGUGAUCAGAUCAGAUAAUUGCCCAGUAUCUGCUAAAGGCAAACAUUCCCACACCAUAAUGCAGCCACCGCAUGUGUCUACGGAACAGUGUCUUAAGAGUUACACUCAGGUAGAACCUCUUUACCAAAUAGGGCCUUAAAUGGUGACAUUAGACGUUAAGGGAUAUCAGCAUAAAAGUGUCAAAAUACAAAUGCAAUGCCAGUUUUCAUGUUUUAAGAACAAAAGCCUGAGCUAAUCCUGUUUUUCCCCCUUCCACUUUAGAUAUGUGUUACUUUGUAUUUGUCUAUAAUAUAAAAACCCAAUACAAAACAUUAGUUUUUGGUUGUAACAACAAAUAAAAUAAAAUAAAAGGUUAAAUCAUUUAGUAAACGGCAUUGUAGUCCAUAUAUCUGUAUAACUAAAAAUAAUGCAUGUUGGGGUUAGUUUGAAAGCUUAAGUUUUACUUUCAUUAUUUUUGGUUUAAACAAAUCAACAUCGUUUUUUUCCCCCCAAACAUAUUUACAAAAGAAAUCAUUUCAAUCCACCCACAGUGGUACUAAAAGACUCUGCGGCUUCCAAAUAAAGAAAAGAACAUAAAAAACCCUCAAGGGUUUUUGUAACAUCAUAUUCUGUUUUACCUUUAAACUCACAUGAUUUCUGUCUUUAUUUUACCUCUUGAAAUAAAUCCCAUUUAAUGUCAACAUUGUUAACAUACUGUGCGUAGUAUGUAUGCUGCUAUAGUACGGACUUGAUGUGAUUAAUGAAUCGAAGUAAAGUGCAGCUGUUCAACAUCGGUUAUUCAUGGGUUUCAAUAAAUCAGUGCUGUUAAAAAUA